AUGGCCAUAGCAGAUAAUCUCUCUGAUGAUGACUCUAUCGAUUCACAGCUUGAAUGGGAGCUGGAGGAGGGCAUCCCUCAAGUUAAAGAUCCCUUCAUCCAAAAGUACAUGCAAGGCAAGCAAGCAUUGAUUGAACAGGAGAAGAAGCAAAGACACGACUACCUGUUCAAACGGACCAUGUCACCGAUGGCCAAACAGGCUGCAAAGAUCAUGUCUUCCAUCCGCCGCCGGGAGUUAAAAGAGGUUUGGACUUCCGAGUUCGAGGACAGCCUCGCGGAGAAGAACGGUGGCAAUCUCUAUCCCGGCAUGAUGUUUACUCUAGCACGUGACCGCAUUGAAACCACUGAGAUGUGGAAGAUUAUUGAGAAAAUGCCAAAGGGCGCCCUGUUGCACGCGCAUCUCGAUGCUAUGAUUGACAUUGAUUGGCUAGUUGACCAGGCAUUGGCUGAAAAAGGCUUCUGCAUAUUAGCACCUGAAGGACUGAGCGACAGGGAAAAGCGAAACAAAAGUCUUCUACAGAUAAGAUAUUAUCCUGAUGUGGAGAUCAAGAAGCAGAAGAGCCCUGCCAAUAUUUGGACUGCCAACUACGCUGCAAAUACGCCUAUUCCCAUCAGAGAAGCACAACGAACAUUCCCCGACGAUGAUUCGACGUUCAAGAAAUGGCUUCUCCAUCGGUGUACUGUGACAGCCGAAGAAUCGCUGUGUCACCAUCAUGGUCUGAAUGCAAUCUGGCGGAAAUUCCAGAGCACAUUUUUAAGUGUUGGAUGGAUGCUUUUCUACGAACCUAUCUUUCGAAGGGGUUUCCAAAGACUGUUGGGACAAUUGGCAGCCGAUGGGAUUAACUAUGUGGAUCUCAGAGCCGCCUUUCGAUUCGAGUAUCGCAAGCAGGGCCAAACAAAUGGUCAGGCAGGGCGGUUUGAUGACUUUUUCAUUGCCUUUGGUGAGGAGAUUGAGAAAUUCAAGAAGACAGAGGCAGGAAAGAACUUCAAGGGUGCACGGAUGAUCUGGACUGUCAUACGAAGGUUGGACACACGCUCACAAGUUGAUGGCAUGAAGGAGUGUAUUCGUAUGAAGAAGAAAUUUCCGCAUCUUGUUUGUGGCUUCGACUUUGUGGCCCAGGAGGAUAUGGGCAAGACUUUGACCGAAUUAACUCCUCUAAUAUUCUGGUUUAGGAAGAAAUGCUCUGAAGCUGGUGUGGAUCUGCCAUUCUUCUUCCAUGCGGGCGAAUGCCUGGGUGAUGGUGACAGCACAGAUAACAAUCUGUUUGACGCGAUUCUAUUGGGCACCAGAAGAAUUGGACACGGUUACUCAUUGUACAAACAUCCAUUGCUGAUUGAUAUGGUCAAAGAAAAGAAGAUCUUGAUCGAGAGCUGCCCCAUCUCAAACGAGAUCUUGCGGCUUUCGAGCAGCAUUCUAGGCCAUUCGCUGCCAGCUUUACUCUCGAGGGGAGUCUCGGUGUCCAUGAAUAACGACGACCCUGCUAUUCUCGGACACGGGAAAAACGGGUUGUCCCAUGAUUUUUGGCAAGCGUAUAUGGCAUUCGAUAACUUUGGGCUCGAAGGGCUUGGGACCAUGGCGGAGAACUCGCUUAAAUGGUGCGCGAUCGAGGAUCAAAAGGCCGCCGAGUGGACAAAGGCAAUUACUGAUGGCUAUCUCGGCAAGACAAUCAAAUCUCAGUUACUGCGGGAGUGGCGCUCGGAGUGGGAAAAGUGGUGUGAAUGGAUUGUCCUGGAAUACCCUGAGGAAGCGGAUGACAGCGACGAGGAUGAAGAUUCUGAAGAGGAGGAGGAUGACGAUGUCGACGACGACGAUGAUGACGACGACGAGGAUGAUUGA